AUGAAUUCCGCGCUCCCUCCGCCUCACGAAGGCUGCAGUCUUGUCGGCACUUACGUAUCUCCUGGGCGAUGCCUGGUUGGUGGCCCUGCAUUCAGCUUAGGAACUAAAGACACGCCCGUCCAUGUGUCUCGCAGCGGCUAUAUUCCGAGGCUACAAUGGAUUGCGACCAAAUAUGUGCUGCUUUGGGACGAGAGUGAGAAGCGUGGUUGGCUCGUCAACGGUACAAGUGCCUUGCUGCAUAUAGUAAGAGCAUCAUUGGCAUAUAAUAAUAAAGAUAAGUUUAAUUUUGCCUUCAUCUUCAGGGAGAGCAGCUUUCAGGAAUCGGCAAAGCCAUUCACGGCGGACUCGGCUAUUGAUAUGCUCAUUAACCCGCAAAACUUGGCGCUUAAGCUGUACCGCGAGAAGGACGGGUUUCUGCUGCUAGAGAGUAGAAUUGAAUAUUUCUAUAAUAUAAUGGAGAAGCUCAUCGAUCAUCAAGCAGACAUUGCCGGGGAGCGUGGCGUUAAUAUGGCCGAUAAACCACGACGAUACCUUGAAGGCUGGGAGUUCAACGAUCUUGCAAUGAGCCGCGAUCCGCUCUACCCACGAGUGGCUUCCAUAGAACCACGCGGGAAGAGCUGGGUUGAUUUCACAAGAGCUAUACAAGCAGUUACUCUCUUUGGGCGCGGGUUCGGCGAUAUAAUCAAGUCUUCUGGCGCUAAUAUAUGCGAGUACUGGGCUGAGAUGCCAAAACAAAAGUAUUACCUCGCAGCCUGCCUUUCCGAUAUGAGCCAACUGGUAAAAGAUAACCAUGUUCAUAAUGAAAAGCAGGCAAGAGUCAGCCAAGAGGUUAUAUGGCACACAUCGACGAGUCUGUUUGGAACGUGUCGGUGCAAAGGAAUACUUGGACAAGACCACAGUGACCCAGUGCAAUCACUACUUCCCUCGGCCAUGUCCAAGCUUUUGCUGCCUAGGAAGAUUGACAUUCCACUAGAAAGCCCUGGCGCCAUAAUCUUUGGACAUAAUUCGAGCUUUUCUUGGAUUUAUGAGGACAGUGGUCAUCCAAGCGAGGGAAAACUACCGCCGCCAAACGUGUCUGAUGUCGAUUCUCUUAAAGACAGCGGCAUUGAAGUUGAUAUAGACUCGCCAAGAAUAGGGGUUACUCAAUCAAGCGCCCCAAGGUCGUUUGGCUCUCCGGCCCCAAGACAAAUUGAAACCUCUUUGCUACAGGCUACCUCUUUACCGAGCAGCGAAACGCACUCUCAGGAAGAAUACACAGUUGGAAUACUUUGCGCAUUGCCCAAGGAGCUUCUAGCCGUGCGAGCCCUUUUCGAUAAAAAGCACGACAACCUCGAAAGUGUAUCCGGGGACAGCAAUCACUACGCGCUGGGGCAGAUGGGGAAACACAUGAUUGUUGCUUCUUGUCUCCCAGAAUACGGAACGACCUCGGCGGCCGAUUCAGCCUCAAACAUGAGGAGAAGCUUUCCAAACAUUAGGUUUUGCUUGCUGGUUGGAAUAGGGGGCGGCGCCCCAUCUGAAGACAACGAUGUUCGGCUUGGAGAUGUUGUUGUGAGCCUCCCGACGGCUGGUUAUCCGGGAGUGGUUCAGUACGAUCGCGGCAAAGAAAAAGAUAACAACGUAUUCGAGUUGACCGGGUCGCUUCCACCACCGCCCCGGUCCUUGAUGACUGCCAUAAGCUCUUUACGAUCGGAUCCGGAUCUGCCCUCCUAUCCUUUGCAGCCAUAUGUCGACGAAAUAAUAACUCGAGUCCCCGAGUCUAUGAGGUCGAGAUACAAACACCCCGGGCAAGAACACGACCAACUCUUCAAAGCUGCAUGUCCAAACUGCCAAACCCGAGAAGAAUGCGCCAACCAUGACGACCAUGUCACAAAGAGAAGUCAGCGGCCGACAGACAAUCCAGAAAUCCACUACGGCCUCAUCGCCUCCGGGAACCAUGUAAUUAAAAACUCCCAGACCCGCAACAAGUGGGCACAAGAUCACGGCGUUUUAUGCUUCGAGAUGGAAGCCGCCGGUAUAAUGAGUAUAUUCCCAUCCCUUGUCAUCCGAGGCAUCUGCGACUACGCAGACGCCUUCAAGAACAAACUGUGGCAGGAAUACGCCGCUGCCACGGCCGCUGCUUACGCGAAGCUGCUGUUGGGAGUUGUCGCCUCUCCUGAUAAGAGCCAUGAUGUGCUGGGCCCGGUUCGGCGGAGAGGCUCAGUAAGCGAGAGACAUGAUGAGCUGCACCAUAAACGACGGAGACUUGAUUGA